UGAAAGUGUGUCCUGUGAGGACCAGAGCCCCCCUGAGUCUGCACUAUCAUCCCCUGACUCGGAGACCACUGAGAGAGCCUCACCCAGCGCCACCAUGCCUGACGUGGAGAUGGCUGAAUUUGGGGAGGCCGCCCCCUAUCUCCGCAAGUCGGAGAAGGAGAGAGUGGCCGCCCAGACCCGCCCCUUUGACCUGAAGAAGGACAUCUUUGUUCCUGAUGAGAAGGAGGAAUAUGUUAAGGCCACCAUUGUCAGCCGUGAGGGCUCCAAGAUCACUGCUGAGACCGAGCAUGGCAAGACAGUGACGGUCAAGGAGGACCAGAUCAUGCAGCAGAACCCUCCCAAGUUCGACAAGAUCGAGGACAUGGCCAUGCUGACCUUCCUCCAUGAGCCUGCCGUCCUCUACAACCUCAAGGACCGCUACGCCUCUUGGAUGAUCUAUACCUACUCAGGACUCUUCUGCGUGACAGUCAACCCCUACAAGUGGUUGCCCGUCUACAAUGCUGAGGUGGUGGCUGCCUACCGGGGAAAGAAGCGGAGUGAAGCUCCACCCCACAUCUUCUCCAUCUCUGACAAUGCCUACCAGAACAUGCUGACAGAUCGGGAGAACCAGUCCAUCCUCAUCACCGGAGAAUCUGGGGCGGGGAAGACAGUGAACACCAAGAGGGUCAUCCAGUACUUCGCCGUCAUUGCUGCCAUCGGUGACCGUGGCAAGAAGGAGACAGGGGCCCCAGGCAAGGGCACUCUGGAAGACCAGAUCAUCCAGGCCAACCCUGCCUUGGAGGCCUUUGGCAACGCCAAGACUGUUCGCAAUGACAACUCAUCGCGAUUCGGGAAGUUCAUCCGGAUCCAUUUUGGAGCCACUGGGAAAUUAGCAUCAGCUGACAUCGAGACCUACCUUCUGGAGAAAUCCCGCGUCAUCUUCCAGCUGAAGGCUGAAAGAAACUACCACAUCUACUACCAGAUCCUCUCCAAUAAGAAGCCAGAGCUGCUGGAUAUGAUGCUGGUGACCAACAACCCCUACGACUAUGCCUUCAUCUCCCAAGGAGAGACCACAGUGCCAUCCAUUGAUGAUGGAGAAGAGCUCCUGGCUACAGAUAGUGCUUUCGAUGUCCUGGGCUUCACCCAAGAGGAGAAGAACUCCAUCUACAAACUGACAGGUGCCAUUAUGCACUUUGGCAACAUGAAGUUCAAGCAGAAGCAACGGGAAGAGCAGGCAGAACCAGAUGGCACUGAAGAGGCAGACAAGUCAGCUUACCUAAUGGGGCUGAACUCAGCUGAUCUUCUCAAGGGGUUGUGCCACCCUCGGGUCAAGGUGGGCAAUGAGUACGUCACCAAGGGGCAGAAUGUCCAGCAGGUGAUUUACGCUGUUGGGGCCUUGGCCAAGGCUGUGUAUGAGAAGAUGUUCAACUGGAUGGUGACCAGGAUCAACAACUCGCUGGAGACCAAGCAGCCACGGCAGUACUUCAUUGGUGUGCUGGACAUCGCUGGCUUCGAGAUCUUUGAUUUCAACAGCUUUGAGCAGCUCUGCAUUAACUUCACCAAUGAGAAGUUGCAGCAGUUCUUCAACCACCACAUGUUCGUGCUGGAGCAGGAGGAGUACAAGAAGGAGGGGAUUGAGUGGGAGUUCAUUGACUUCGGCAUGGACCUCCAGGCCUGCAUUGACCUCAUUGAGAAGCCCAUGGGGAUCAUGUCCAUCCUGGAGGAGGAAUGCAUGUUCCCCAAGGCCACAGACAUGACCUUCAAGGCCAAGCUCUUUGAUAAUCACUUGGGCAAGUCAGCCAACUUUGGGAAGCCACGCAAUGUCAAAGGGAAGCAAGAGGCCCACUUUGCCCUCAUCCACUAUGCUGGCACGGUAGACUACAAUAUCAUUGGAUGGCUGCAGAAGAACAAAGACCCUCUCAAUGAGACAGUGGUGGGGCUCUACCAGAAAUCAGCCCUGAAGCUCUUGGCCAACCUCUUCGCUAACUAUGCUGGAGCUGAUGCACCCGUGGAGAAGGGGAAAGGAGCCAAGAAGAAAGGUUCCUCCUUUCAGACUGUCUCUGCACUGCAUCGGGAGAACCUCAACAAGUUGAUGACCAACUUGCGGUCUACCCACCCUCAUUUUGUCCGCUGCAUCAUCCCCAAUGAGACCAAGUCUCCUGGUGUGAUGAACAACCCCCUGGUAAUGCACCAGCUCCGCUGUAACGGGGUGCUGGAGGGCAUCCGCAUCUGCCGCAAGGGCUUCCCAAACCGCAUCCUCUAUGGGGACUUCCGCCAGAGGUAUCGCAUCCUGAACCCCGCUGCCAUCCCUGAGGGGCAGUUCAUUGACAGCCGCAAGGGUGCUGAGAAGCUCCUGGGAUCCCUUGAUAUUGAUCACAACCAAUACAAGUUUGGGCACACCAAGGUCUUCUUCAAGGCCGGGCUGCUGGGGCUACUUGAGGAAAUGCGGGAUGAACGCUUGGCCAGGAUCAUGACCCGCUUACAGGCCCAAGUUCGUGGUUUCCUCUCCCGUCAGGAGUUCAAGAAGAUCCUGGAGCGGAGGGACUCGCUGCUGGUGAUCCAGUGGAACAUCAGGGCUUUCAUGGGGGUGAAAAACUGGCCUUGGAUGAAGCUCUACUUCAAGAUCAAGCCCUUGUUGAAGAGCGCUGAGACUGAGAAGGAGAUGCAGAACAUGAAGGAAGAGUUUGGGCGGCUGAAGGAGGCCCUGGAGAAGUCAGAGGCCCGGAGGAAGGAGCUGGAGGAGAAGAUGGUCUCCAUGCUGCAGGAGAAGAAUGACCUUCAGCUCCAAGUGCAGGCUGAGCAAGAUAACCUCGCUGAUGCUGAGGAGCGUUGUGACCAGCUGAUCAAGAACAAGAUCCAGCUGGAGGCCAAGGUGAAGGAGAUGACAGAGCGAAUGGAGGAUGAGGAAGAGAUGAAUGCUGAGCUGACGGCUAAGAAGAGGAAGCUGGAGGAUGAGUGCUCAGAGCUGAAGAAGGACAUUGAUGACCUGGAGUUGUCUUUGGCCAAGGUGGAGAAGGAGAAACACGCCACAGAGAACAAGGUCAAGAACCUCACAGAGGAGAUGGCCGGGCUGGAUGAGAUUAUUGUCAAGCUAACAAAGGAGAAGAAGGCUCUGCAAGAAUCUCACCAGCAAGCGCUGGAUGACCUGCAGGCGGAGGAAGACAAGGUCAACACCCUGACGAAGGCCAAAGUCAAGCUGGAACAGCAAGUGGAUGAUCUGGAGAGCUCACUGGAGCAGGAGAAGAAGAUCCGGAUGGACCUGGAACGGGCCAAAAGGAAGCUGGAAGGUGACUUGAAGCUGGCUCAGGAGAAUAUUAUGGACCUGGAGAAUGACAAGCAGCAACUGGACGAGAGGCUGAAAAAGAAGGACUUUGAGCUCAACGCACUCAAUGCAAGAAUUGAGGAUGAACAAGCAAUUGCAGCCCAGCUCCAGAAGAAGCUCAAAGAGCUUCAGGCACGGAUUGAGGAGCUGGAGGAGGAGCUGGAGGCAGAGCGAACGGGCAGGGCCAAGGUGGAGAAGCUGCGCUCAGACCUGUCACGGGAGUUGGAGGAGAUCAGUGAGCGUCUGGAGGAAGCAGGUGGUGCCACCUCAGUGCAGAUUGAGCUCAACAAGAAGCGGGAGGCAGAAUUCCAGAAGAUGCGGAGGGACCUGGAGGAGGCCACACUGCAGCAUGAGGCCACGGCUGCUGCGCUGCGCAAGAAGCACGCCGACAGCGUGGCCGAGCUCAGUGAGCAGAUCGACAACCUACAGCGUGUCAAGCAGAAGCUGGAGAAGGAGAAGAGUGAGCUCAAACUGGAGUUAGAUGAUGUUGGCUCCAACAUGGAGCAGCUGAUCAAGGCCAAGGCCAACCUGGAAAAGAUGUGCCGUACCAUGGAAGAUCAGAUGAAUGAGCACCGGACCAAGUCCGAGGAGGCUCAACGCAUGGUCAAUGACCUCACCACUCAACGAGCAAAGCUCCAAACAGAAAAUGGUGAGCUCUCCAGGCAGCUGGAGGAAAAGGAAGCCUUUAUCAACCAGAUGACACGAGGGAAACUCACCUACACCCAGCAGCUGGAGGACCUCAAGAGGCAGCUAGAGGAAGAGGCCAAGGCCAAGAACGCACUGGCCCACGCCCUCCAGUCGGCCCGGCAUGACUGUGACCUGCUGCGGGAGCAAUAUGAGGAGGAGACAGAAGCCAAGGCUGAGGUGGAAGAAGGUUUGAGUUGGUCCACUUGGUCCACGGGUCACCACAGCCAGGUUGUCCCCCGGGACAGGAAGAAGCUGGCCCAACGGCUGCAGGAGGCUGAGGAGGCGGUGGAGGCGGUCAAUGCCAAGUGUUCCUCUCUAGAGAAGACCAAGCACCGGCUGCAGAAUGAGAUUGAAGAUCUCAUGGCUGACCUUGAGCGGUCAAAUGCAGCAGCUGCUGCUUUGGACAAGAAGCAAAGGAACUUUGACAAGAUCUUGUCUGAGUGGAAGCAGAAGUUUGAAGAGUCACAGAUGGAGCUGGAGGCAUCGCAGAAAGAGGCCAGAUCCCUUAGCACUGAGCUCUUCAAACUGAAGAAUGCCUACGAAGAGUCACUUGAUCACCUGGAGACCUUAAAGAGGGAAAACAAGAACCUCCAAGAGGAGAUUUCGGACCUCACGGAGCAGCUGGGUGGCAGCCACAAGACCAUCCAUGAGUUGGAGAAGGUCCGAAAGCAGCUGGAUGCUGAGAAGCUGGAACUUCAAGCAGCGCUGGAGGAGGCUGAGGCCUCUCUGGAGCAUGAAGAGGGGAAGAUCCUGAGGGCCCAACUGGAGUUCAACCAAGUCAAGGCAGACUACGAGCGCAAGCUGGCCGAGAAGGAUGAGGAGAUGGAGCAGGCCAAGCGCAACCAUCUGCGGGUGGUGGACUCGCUGCAGACCUCACUGGAUGCUGAGACCCGGAGUCGCAAUGAAGCCUUGCGGCUAAAGAAGAAGAUGGAGGGUGACCUCAAUGAGAUGGAGAUUCAGCUCAGCCAUGCCAACCGCAUAGCCGCUGAGGCCCAGAAGCAAGUCAAGACAUUGCAGGGCUACCUCAAGGACACUCAACUGCAGCUAGAUGACGUGGUCAGGGCCAAUGAGGACCUGAAGGAGAACAUUGCCAUUGUGGAGAGAAGGAACAACCUCCUCCAGUCUGAGCUGGAGGAGCUGCGGGCGGUGGUGGAGCAGACUGAGAGAGCCCGCAAAUUGGCCGAGCAGGAGCUGAUUGAGGCCAGUGAGAGGGUCCAGCUUCUCCACUCACAGAACACCAGCCUCAUCAACCAGAAGAAGAAGAUGGAGGCUGACAUCUCCCAGCUGCAGACGGAGGUGGAAGAGGCCAUCCAGGAGUGCAGAAAUGCUGAGGAGAAGGCCAAGAAGGCCAUCACUGACGCGGCCAUGAUGGCAGAGGAGCUGAAGAAGGAGCAGGACACCAGCGCCCACCUGGAGCGGAUGAAGAAGAACAUGGAGCAGACCAUCAAGGACCUGCAGAUGAGGUUGGAUGAGGCCGAGCAGUUGGCCCUCAAAGGGGGCAAGAAGCAGCUGCAGAAGUUGGAGGCCCGUGUGAGGGAGCUGGAGAAUGAGCUGGAGGGUGAGCAGAAGCGCCAUGCUGAGAGUGUCAAGGGUCUCCGCAAGUCCGAGCGUCGUGUCAAGGAGCUCAGCUACCAGACAGAGGAGGACCGCAAGAACCUGGUCCGGCUCCAGGACCUGGUGGACAAGCUCCAGCUGAAGGUCAAGGCCUACAAGCGACAGGCAGAGGAGGCGGAGGAACAAGCCAACUCCAACCUGGCCAAGUUCCGCAAGGCACAGCAUGAGCUGGAUGAGGCGGAGGAGCGUGCCGACAUUGCUGAGUCCCAGGUCAACAAGUUGCGGGCCAAGAGCCGUGACAUUGGAGCCAAGAAGGGACUCAACGAGGAGUGAAGCUCUGGAUUCCCAGCUGUAUUCCCUGGACCUCUAAAUGCCCCACCCCUGCUCCCAGCCCCCUAACCUUGGUUAGCCAAUAAAAAGCAUUGAGCAGCA